AUGCAGAAGAAAAGGUGGUGCGGCGUCUUGUCGCACGGGCUGUUCCGCGGCGCGUGCUCACGUGGAUCCCUGCGCUGUGCGGUGAACUGCCCUGGGCCGUCACACGUAGCGCCAAUUGACUGUGUUCUAGUUCUCGACCAUGGCCGUGACAUCCACCCGCUAUCCGUUGCAGUAAAUUCCCAGCCUUUAAAUUGGCCUAAAUCCUCCGGAAACCAUUGCUCCUGCACGUAUUUCCCUUUAAAAAUAAUAAGGGGAGGAAGCGAAACCCUAAUGGCCGAGAUGCAUUCGAUAAACGACGUCCAGGUGCGAUCCCCAGGGUCUUUCCUUUGCAAAUGCCUGGCCUCUGCAAGGCCUAGAACAAGGCCGUUGCCCGUUUUGCCCUCCUGCAAGCCCCCUUCGUCUGCAUUGUACGUAUUUUCCGGUUUGAUCCCGGCCACUUCCGGGAUCCGGAAAUGCUGCCACCAGUUUUUAAUAACUGUAAUAGUAGCCCCUUUAACUCGUGCCGACUCUAUGCGCCGGCCUCUUCCGAUACGGAUCUCCGGAUAACUUUGCAAAAAGCGGCUAAUCCAGCGCUUCCCAAGGGCCUGUUGGGUGCCCUCCCGGCGUAGGAUCUCCUCCGCAAAAAAGCGGACUUCAGCAUGCGUUGGAGGGAGGCCUAGGGAGGCCUGUAUGCGUAUCCAAUCUGCCAGGCCCUUCUCCUGGGCCGGGCUUAGCCGCUGAUAGGUUUCUUGUGACUGCCGGAUCGGUAGGGUGCCUUUAAGUCGGUCGUGGAGGGUAGUGUAGGGAAUUCCAUAAGUUCGAGCAGCCUUCCGGAUUGAAACCUUCGCUUGCACCGCGGCAACGGCCCGUUCGAUUUCUUGUUCCGUAUACUGUUUCUCUCGCAUCCCAGCUUUUAAAUGCAGUAAAAAGUAAGGAAAACGUAUCAAAAUUGAUGGAAUCCUGUAGAAAAUAAAUACGUGGUA